GGGUGAGAUACAUAUUUGGUUCGCGCUCUCCACGGUGCAAAUGUCAAUCGCGAGAGGUGAUACAAUAAUAAUGGAGGCUUGUAAUGCCGUUGAGCGCGAGGUAGAUAAAGUUCUGUCGAAAUUCGGCGCGAUAAAUGAACAUGCGGAGACGGUGUUGCGCGACCUGAUAAACCACAUUCAGUCUUUGAAAAAAGACCUGGAGGAAGCGCCACCCAAUCAGGAACAAACGGCCGGUCAAGUACAAAUGUUAAAGCAAGCAAUGACAAAGGUACGCGAUACUGUACAAAGACUGGCAACGGACCAUCGCGAUCUGCACAGUACAGUGUCCAAGGUGGGCAAGGCGAUAGACAGAAAUUUCAUUGCCGAUUUCGCCAGCACCAGCAGGGAAGAUGUGUUCUCUGGACCCGAGAAAUCUCAUCUCCUCAAUCAAAUUAUCUGUCAGCACUUUUAUCGGCAAGGGAUGCUAGAUAUCGCUGAUGAAUUAGCAGUGGAAGCUGGCAUCAAAACCGACGAAGGCAGAAAGGAACCAUUCACAGAAUUGAACUAUAUACUAGAUUGUCUAAAACAGAGAAAUCUCGAACCGGCGUUAGAUUGGGCUAAGAAACACAGAGAAGCACUCUUAGCGCAGAAUUCUUCUCUCGAAUUUAAACUACACAGAUUACAUUUUAUAAGAUUAGUCCAACAAGGUCCUAGCAUGCAGAGAGAGGCGAUACUGUACGCCCGUCAGAAUCUCACGCAAUUCGUCGGACGUUACGAGAAAGAAGUGCAGUCUCUAAUGGGGACGUUACUCUACUUGCCACACGGGAUCCAUCAGUCUCCCUACAGUCAUUUAUUGGAUCCAACAUUGUGGCUCGAAAUACAUGACGUUUUCACUAAAGAAGCGUGUACAUUAUUAGGCUUAAGUGUGGACAGUCCAUUGUCUGUUUGUAUCAACGCGGGAUGCACUGCGCUACCUGCGCUACUGAACAUCAAGCAAGUCAUGCAGCAGAGGCAAGUUACCGGUAUCUGGAGCGGUAAAGACGAGUUGCCCGUAAGUACCGAGAUCGAGAUAGACCUGGGGAAGCAGAGCCGCUACCAUUCAGUUUUCGCCUGCCCUAUACUCAGGCAACAGAGCACAGAGAACAAUCCGCCGAUGAAGCUGGUUUGCGGCCACGUAAUUUCCCGAGACGCGUUGAACAAGCUCGCCAAUGCGAAUAAAAAUCAAUUUAUUUCCAGGUUGAAAUGCCCGUACUGCCCGGCGGAGCAGAAUCCCGAGGAUGCGAGACUUAUUUACUUUUAAGCUGUGAUAUACCUACCUAACACAUAUAGUAAUAUAUACUUAUUAUGUAUAUUAUAAUGUGUGUGUAUGUAUAACGACUAUAUACACAUGUCAGAAAAUUAGUUUUGCAGUUUCUUUGUAACGGAUUCUAUCGCGUGCAGAAGAAUAAUACAAAUUACAUGCAAUAAUUGGAGAAUUAUAAAUCCAUAUUUUACACAACUCGUCGUCAGAAAUCACCAUUAACGUAACGUUUUCUGUUCGUCCUAAAUAUCGAGAUCGACUAUCCAUUUUUUCUUUUUUUUUUUUUUCUUUAAACGAAAAUACAAGUCCUAAUUGCGAUCAACUUUAUGCAGUCUUUUUUAAGGAAAAAAAGGUUCUCGGAUAUCGAAAGAAAAACGGAGGAACUGUGAUAGUGUUUUACUAUUUAUGGGGUAGUUGUAAUUACACAAUUAUAUAUUGUUGGUAGACAAUUUAUAUAAAUAUAUUACUUCUAGUGUAUAAGUGACUUCAGCUUUGUACGCGAGUGAUGACUUAAGGGCCAUGAAUCUAACGACGCCUAACAGAUUUGUUACAGGAUCUUCGUAAACUUAUCCGUUUCUCAUUUCGAUUGUAUGUACUGGCUUACUAUAAGUUAAAUGAAAAGAUCAUUUUGUAAA